AUGUCGGAAGAGUACAUGGACUUUGACCGCUUCAUCCACACAUUCGAACUGAAGCUCGACAGAGAGUUCGACCACGAUGACAUAGCGGCAUCUUGGGCUCCCUCUACCAAGAAUGCCCCUCUACUUUGGGGCGAGGAGCUUGAUGUGUUCGAACUCAAUGACAACGACCCCAUGUCAACCAUGGCGGAGAAGCCGAGUGCUACACUGACAGUCAGUCCGGAUAGUAAGUUCUUGGCAAUUGCGACCAACGCUGUCAUUAGAAUCUACGUUGUCGAAUCAAAGUUGUUGAUGGCGGAGCUUCAUGGACAUGAAGAGACGAUUGAGGCAGUUCACUUCUGGAAAUUGAACCAUCAAAACGUCCAAAAUGCCCAUUAUGUGGUUUUUUCGCAAGACUCCGAGCCUGUGGGUGCAGAUGGUACAAUACUUACAUGGUAUCUCGACAAAGAUGGUGAAAGGGUUGACGACACGGAAAAUCCCAUCAACUUUGAAGGCAGGUUCCUCUCGGGAAGCUUAACGGCUCUUAGUCACGACGAAAUUCUAUUCGUGCAUUCGGAUCGAAGUAUAACAACACAAGGCUGGCCAAGACCAACCGAAUGGUUCCCCCAGCUCGUCGUUCGCUCACUUUUGGAUCCGCUCACAGAAGUCCGCAGACUUAAAGGCCACCAAGAUGCAAUUAUGUGGGCUUCGUGGUCAUCCACUGAUCCCAAUAUCAUUGCAUCGGCAUCUUGGGAUGAGAGCUGUCGAAUCUGGAAUGCUGCGACGGGCGAAUGCAUCCACAACAUCAGGCACACUAGCGGACAGAACUGGACAGGUGACUUCUCGCCCAAUGGAGAGCAGGUUGUGUUUGCUGGGAGAAACCGGAGCGGCCCUCCAACUAUUGCAAUUUACUCAGUGGCAACCGGUAACCGCGUUCUGCAACUAGAGAUGCCAGGUCUUCGCGGUUGGUCUGCACCGUUAGCAUGGUCUCGAAACGGCGAUGUGAUCGCCCUCGUGAUCAAACGUGCGGUCAUCUUAUGGGAGGUUGCCAUAAACAAGACUACGGAAGUCUUGGAAGUGCAUAGUGAUGGUAGUUGGCGGGACAGCUUCUGCGGAAUUACGAGUGUAAAAUGGCUCGAUAGGAAUGGCGAAAAGCUCCUUGUUCGGGUGAGUGAUCACACGAUAUUUAUCUGGGAUAGGAAGCGCAAUUGGAAAUGGAGAUUGCAGAGGCCUCCGACGUUACAGGAGAUGGUAACCCUCUCAACGGCAGAGGCGUUUAUCGAAGAGAAGAACUUGCUGCUGUCUCUUGACGGAGAUUGGAGGGUCCGAACUUGGGAACUCGAGUCAGGUUAA